CAAAGUCCUAUGACAAUGACAAAGUAUCUAUGCUCCGUCCGAGUGUCUUUUUUAUUACUCGUUUGUGUGUGGGCAGAAAACAGUAAGGCUGGGAGAGUAAACCUUUCAUCAUUCAAAUGGAAGGAUGAAGAGGAUAACAAGAACUGCUCUGCGCUUGAAUCGGAAACAUCAAGUUUGAGUGUGAUGCACAUUCAGGGCAAGUGUUCUCCCUUCCGCGUUCCCAAUUCAACAUGGUGGAGGGUGAUAUCCGAAUCUAUCAAAGGCGACACCCAGCGCUACAGAGCAAUGAUGAAAGGGGGAUGGAGGGCCGGCAAGAGUAUGGUUAAUCACCAAGAAGACGCAAACAUCCCGUUGGCCUCGGGGCAGGCCAUCAACACGGGAGACUACAUUAUCAAGCUGGGUUUCGGCACGCCUGCGCAGAGCUUCUACACUGUCCUCGAUACUGGCAGCGAUGUCGCCUGGAUUCCCUGCAAUCCCUGCUCCGGUUGCUCAAGUGAGCAAUUCGAGCCAUCCAAGUCGUCUACGUAUAAGUAUCUCACCUGCGCUUCUCAGCAGUGUCAGAGUCUGGGCGUCUGUUCGAACAAUGAUAACAAUGUCAACUGUCGUCGUACUCAAGGGUACGGCGACAAGUCAAAGGUGGAGGAACUCAUUUCGUCUGAGACGCUAACUGUGGGCUCUCAGCCGGUGGAGGAUUUUGUCUUCGGAUGUGCGAGUUCGGCGAGUGGAAAUAUCCAGAGCUCGCCCGGUUUGGUUGGGUUUGGGAGGGAUCCUGUCUCUUUCGUUUCUCAGACGGCCACGUUAUAUGACAGUACGUUCUCUUAUUGCCUUCCUUCCCUUCGCUCCUCUGCUUUCACGGGAUCUCUCCUCCUAGGGAAAGGGGCUCUUUCUGCGCAGGGCAUGCAGUUCACGCCCCUCUUGUCCAACGCUAGGUACCCUUCCUUCUAUUAUGUGGGGCUAAACGGAAUCUCUGUGGGAGGAGAGCCUGUUUCCAUCCCAGAGGGGACCUUCACCUUCGACAGCUCAACGGGAGGAGGGACUAUCAUAGAUUCGGGAACAGUUAUCACUCGGCUAGUGGAGCCCGCUUACAAUGCCAUGAGAGAUUCUUUCCGCCGUCAGCUCUCCAAUCUGACUCCGGCUAGUCCCACAGAUUUCUUUGAUACGUGCUACAACAAACCAUCCGGCGAUAGUAUGAACUUUCCUGUCAUUACGUUGCAUUUUGACCAUAGUCUGGACAUGAGUCUUCCCAUGGAAAACAGUUUAUACCCCGGGAAUGAGGAUGGCUCCGUGUUAUGCCUUGCUUUCGCUCUCCCUCCGGAUGGGUAUGGCGAUGUAUUGUCAAUAUUUGGGAACUAUCAGCAGCAGAAUUUUCGAAUGGUGCACGACGUCCCAGGAUCCAGACUUGGAAUCGCUAGAGAUAACUGCAAUGGUAAGUAGUAUGCUUGUUGAGUGAUGUUUAUUCACCGUAUCAUCGCCUAUAAUACCUUUCCCAAUAUCCACCCUGCUUCGCCAUCUCACAUGCUGUAACACUGUAAUAAUGUAGUAAAAUGACGUUGUAAUAAGCACGCUCGCAUAUAUCCGAGUGGUGUAAGGUACAGUUUUUGUUGGGUAUAUGAAGCCGAACGGUCAUAUGACUGUUUGGCUUUCCCAACUCUUCAUUCAUAGCUGAAUAUGUUUGUAUAAAGGGUUGUGUGCAGUCCAUGUAUUGUAUUGUAUUGUGUUAUUGAUUAAUAAAGAACUCCCUGCGUUUUUUAUGGACGUAGCCACUUAGUGGUGAAUCACGUUAAA